AUGGUAUUUAGAGCAACUCUCAACGCAGUUGAAGCAGCUGCUCUUCAAAGGGCUAAAGAGGAAAGACAAAGAUUGACAGAUAUUCAUAAAAAUCCACCAAAAAGGCAAGGCGAUAUCUUAGAACGCGAACAUAGGGAAUCCACAAAUAGGCUCAAGAUAAUAGAGGAUUUAAAAUUAACGGGUUCUGAACAGUUAACGCUUGCCAAUCGUGGUUACAAAAUGAUAAAGAAAGUCAAUGAGGGGUCCUACGCUAAGGUCUACCUUGCAGAAUAUAGAAACCCGAAUAAAAAUGAUAAACUAACAGUACUGGCUUGUAAAGUGAUCGAUACUAACACAGCACCCAAGGAUUUCGUUAAGAAGUUUCUACCAAGAGAAAUCGAAAUGUUAAUAAAGCUUAACCAUCCACAUCUCGUUCACACGCAUAGUAUUUUUCAGAGAAGAAAUAAAUAUUUUAUAUUUAUGAGAUUUAUGGAGAAUGGAGACUUACUCGAACAUAUAUUACAAAAAGGUGCAGUUCAAGAAGAUCAGGCUAGGAUAUGGACGCGGCAGUUGGCUCUUGCCAUACAAUAUAUGCACGAACUGGAAAUAGCACAUAGGGAUAUUAAAUGUGAAAACGUACUUUUAACAGCGAAUCAAAACGCCAAGCUAUCGGAUUUUGGCUUUGCUCGCAUGUGUGUUGACAAAAGACUAAAGAGUAUUCACAGCGAUACAUUCUGUGGCUCUUUGUCAUACACUGCGCCGGAGAUCUUGCAAGGGUCGCCAUACUAUCCAAAACCGACGGACAUAUGGUCACUUGGUAUCGUUAUGUAUGUUAUGUUAAACAGAGCGAUGCCUUUCGAAGAUAAACACAUAAAGCAACUGUAUCAAGCUCAAAUAAACAAAAAUUGGAGAUUUCGAUCACGCUAUGUUGAUUCUUUAUCAGAUAAUUGUAAGCGACUUAUUAAUCAGAUGUUAGAACCUAAUUAUCGAAAUAGGAUAAAAAUUGAUAAUAUUCUUAACAGUGAGUGGAUAGCCAUGGACGCCAGGCUACUAGAAUGGUCUCCUCAAGAGACAUUGGCCUACAAUAAAGCUCGAGAAGAGAAAAGAAGUUUGAUAAAAAAAUUAGAAGUCGAAGAAAACAUUAAGGAACCGCAACCAGAAACAUCGAUUGUUAAAAGUAAUUGUGAAUCAGUCGGUUCUAAUUCCACAUGGUGCGACUAA